AACGUAUAAUCGUUAUUCGAAACGAGCUCCCUGGCAAGUUGAAUUAUUGUCAUAUGUUCAGCUUCGCUUAGAAGCUUCAUAGAGUCAGACCAAGCCCAAAUUGCAGCCGCUAUAUGGCCACAUCACCAAUAUUAAUUAAUGCUAUUAGCCAUGCCUAGUUCACGUGGAUUGCAAUGUUUCAUAUCGCUGGCGGCGCGAACUUUCUGCACCUAUCCACAUAGAUAUCCACAUCAAAUGCCGUCAGCCAUCAUCCAGCCGACCGCAGCGCACACUGCAACCGUCAUCUUUGCUCAUGGUCUCGGCGACGAGGGAGAAAGUUGGCGCGCAGCGAUAAGCGGCGAUUACGACUACAGAAAACCCGGUGAACUGACAAUCCCCGCCCAACUUCCUCAUGUCAAAUGGAUCUUCCCAGAUGCGCCGGAGCAAGCGGUCACAGCAAACUUCGGCACUCGGAUGCCCUCAUGGUUCGAUAUAUCAAAUCUACCGCUUCAACCUGGGCAGUACUUGAGCAAAGUAUGCGAGGAUGACGAGAGCGUGAAGGACGGUGUUCAGAUCAUAGAUGACCUGGUUCAAGCAGAGGUUAAGGCUGGAAUACCAGAAAGUCGUAUCGUAGUGGGUGGAUUCAGUCAAGGAGGAGCCCUGGCGUUGGUGGCGGGUUUGGGUGGUAAAGACUGGAGAACGAAGAGUUCCGGGGAUGAUAGCAAGCUGGCUGGUGUAAUCGUGCUGAGCGGUUGGAUGCCACUCAGAGAGAAGUUUAAGUCGCGCAUUUCCCCGCUCGCCAAAUCUAUUCCGGUAUUAUGGGGACAUGGGACAGCAGAUGCGGUGAUAUAUUAUAAAGUGGGGGAGAUUUCAGUUGAAUUGCUUCAAGAUCAACUCGGUAUCGUGAAGCACGGUGCUCAUGACCAACUUGGCACUCCGGGAAUCAACUUUCAAGUCAUAUGAACGUGUGGGCCACGCUUCAUGCAAGAAAGAGAUGGAAGACCUGGUGACAUUCUUGGGAACUGUCAUACCACAGCAGCAAACCCAGAACCUGUAAAGCAAAAUGUUGCAAGAGUUUAGCGUCAUAGAUCUGGUUCUGGUUCCAUUCGUAUGUUCGGCGC